AUGAUCAUAGUGACCGUCGAACCUCGGGAUGGCGGAUUGGCUCUGAGGGCUGGGCACGGGGGUCCCAGUCCCGAACCCGUCGGCUGUUGGUGGACUGCUCGAGCUACUCCCGCGGCGAGAGCGGGUCGGUGCGUGCCGGCCGGGGGACGGACUGGGAACGGCUCCUUCGGGGGCCUUCCCCGGGCGUCGAACAGUCAACCUUGCUCUGAUACCAUGUUUCUGAAUAAGGCUGCUGUAAGAACAGGUUCAAGUCAUCCAUGGAGAUCGUGCACAGUGACCCAAGUGGAAGAGACAAAGCAAAUGCUGAGAAUGAUCCCAAUUCUGAUAUGCACAUUCAUUCCAAGCACAAUGGUGGCACAAUCACACACCCUUUUCAUCAAGCAAGGCACCACUCUUGAUCGAACCAUCGGCAGCAAUUUCAAAGUCCCUCCUGCAAGUUUAUAUGCUUUUGUUACCAUCUCCAUGCUUCUCUCCAUUGUCAUCUACGACAGGAUCUUUGUGAAGAUAAUGCAGAGAGUUACUAGAAACCCAAGAGGAAUAACAAUGCUACAAAGAAUGGGAAUUGGAAUGAUUUUCCAUGUGUUGGUAAUGACAGUGGCGUCUCGAGUCGAAAAGCGCCGACUUUACGUGGCUAGAGCAAAUGGGUUGGUGAGAAAUGGCUCAGGACAAGUACUUCCCUUGACCAUUUUCACUCUCCUGCCUCAGUUCAUGCUCACAGGAGUAGCAGAUGCAUUACUUCAAAUAGCCAACGUUGAGUUCUUUUAUGAUCAAGCACCAAAAAGCAUGAAGAGUUUAGGCAGUUCAUACAUGAUGACUUCCCUUGGAAUUGGGAACUUCCUCACUACGAGUGGUGUUAACUUCUUUGUGUUCUUGGGCAUUUCCCAACUGUAUGUGUACAGAGCUGAAGUGUCUGAUGAACUCAACAAGAAGAAUGAAGUGGGUUGA